CCAAAGGUCUAUAUUGAGCAGAAGGCUCUGGACACCAUAGCCCACCUGUGUGACGGAGACGCCCGGGCGGGGCUAAACGGGCUCCAGCUGGCUGUUCAGGCCCUGGUGGGUGCAGCCCAUCCUGGCCAAUCAGGAUCUGGCAGUACCCCACAGGACAUUGUGGUGCAGGAGGAGCAUGUGAAGGAGGGCCUUCAGAGGUCCCAUAUCCUCUACGACAAAGCAGGUGAGCCCAAUGGUUCAAUAAAAAAUAGUAUAGUAGUCGCACACCUAUCAUACUACUAGGUGCAUGGAGAAAAACUGUACACUAAAUUGAAACUCCAGCACACUGAUGAUCUUGAUGCUCCUCAAUGGUUCAACCAUAACAUUAGAAUACAUUAUUUUCUAUUGAUUCAACUGCAGUCAGUGGACAUUUACAUUUUCCUAGGUUGUUAUUGUACACUGCCCCUCACUGGACUGACAGACAUUUAGAUGACAAAUGAUGUCACUUGUCAUGAUUCAAUUUGAUAAUUACAGAGUGGUGACAUCCUGUCUGGUUGGCUUUACAGCAGCUGCCCUGUCAGCUCAUGGGAAUGGAUGGCAAAAUAAGCCUGUGAUUAGUUUAGGUGUGUUUCAGAGGUCUCUGGUGGAAUGGGGAAUGUGCUGUUGUGUGGUGGUCCUAUCAGGAGAACUAACUUUCCCUUUGCUCUGAGUCUGAGAGAUGCAGCCAGAUCCAGCCAAAGAACACCGUGCCCUUUAACACGUACAGUAUACUCUUUCAAUAUGCCCUGCUCUACAUUAGCUGAAUCAGGCCAGGCCAGACGGCUAGCGCUAAUUAGGUUAAAACCCUCAGACAGUGACUGUAUCAUUGAUGUCACUGUGGUGCCAGCCUGCCAGGUGCUAUUGGUGCCCACUGCCCUUGAUUGAUGCUUUAGAAGCAAGGGCUGGUUGUUGUGAGUGUCAUCUUACUGGAAUCAAUGAAUAACCAGAAUAUGUUAGUCAGAAGACACUUAGGAGAUUGAUAGACUUCUUGGUGUGGUCAUAGAUAACGUAGUACCCGCCAUAACUCUUAUAUUAUGUGCAUUAGUGUCUGAAAAGGGAAGGUGAGGGGACUUGAUCACAGUCUCUUUUAACCUCUGCCUUAAGCCUUAUCCAAUAUAGCUGUGUCAACACACUAAUUUGUAUUUAUUUAUUUGUAUUUAUUAGGGAUCCCCAUUAGCUGCUGCCAACUACUCUUCCUGGGGUCCAAACAUAUUAAAGCACUUACAUUACAUAUAAAACAAAAGAUAAAACAGUACAUUUUAUAACAUAAUUGCACCACUAUAUAUCCACAAUACAAAAUGUUUAAUGCCACCAUACAACAAUAUCACAAUGUGUGCGUAUGCAUGUGUCUGUACCUUUGUGUGUCUCUUCACAGUCCCCGUUGUUCCAUAAGGUGUAUUUUUACCUGUUCUUUUAAAUCUGAUUCUACUGCUUGCAUCAGUUACUUGAUGUGGAAUAGAGUUCCAUGUAGUUAUGGCUCUAUGUAGUACUGUGCGCCUCCCAUAGUCUGUUCUGGACUUGGGGACUGUGAAGAGACCUCUGGUGGCAUGUCUUGGGGGGUAUGCAUGGGUGUCCGAGCUGUGUGCUAGUAUUUUUAACAGAAUCCUCGGUACAUUCAGCUUGUCAACACCUCUUACAAAAACAAGAUUGAGAUGCAUGUCAUUAAUGUUAGCUCUCCGUGUACUUUUAAGGGCCAGUCCUGCUGCCCUGUUCUGAGCCAACUGCAAUUUUCCCAAGUCCGUCUUUGUGGCACCUGACCACACUACUGAACAGUAGUCUAGGUGCGACAAAACUAGGGCCUGUAGGACCUGCCUUGUUGAUAGUGUUGUUAAGGCAUAGCAGCGCUUUAUUAUGGAUAGACUUCUCCCCAUCAGUUACUGUUGUAUCAAUAUGUUUUGACCAUGACAGUUUACAAUCCAGGGUUACUCCAAGCAGUUUAGUCACCUCAACUUGCUCAAUUUCCACAUUAUUCAUUACGAGAUGUAGUUGAGGUUUAGUCCCGUGUAGCUCAGUUGGUAGAGCAUGGCGCUCGCAACGCCAGGGUUGUGGGUUCGAUUCCCACGGGCGACCAGUAUGAAAAUGUAUGCACUCACUAACUGUAAGUCGCUCUGGAUAAGAGCGUCUGCUAAAUGACUAAAAUGUUUAGGGUUUAGUGAGUGAUUUGUCCCAAAUACAAUGCUUUUAGUUUUGGAAAUAUUUAGGACUAACUUAUUCCUUGCUACCAAUUCCGAAAAGAACUGUAGCUCUUUGUUAAGUGUUGCAGUCAUUUUAGUUGCUGUAGUAGCUUACGUGUAUAGUGUUGAGUCAUCCGCAUACAUAGACACACUGGCAUUACUCAAAGCAAGUGGCAUGUCGUUUAGUAAAGAUUUAAAAAAGUAAGGGGCCUAAACGGCUACCCUGGGGAAUUCCUGAUUCUACCUGGAUUAUGUUUGAGAGGCUUCCAUUAAAGAACACCCUCUGUGUUCUGUUAGACAAGUAACUCUUCAUCCACAUUAUAGCAGGGGGUGUAAAGCCAUAAGUUUUUCCAGCAGCAGACUAUGAUCAGUAAUGUCAAAAGCUGCACUGAAGUCUAACAAGACAGCCCCAACAAUCAUUUUAUCAGCCACAACUAAUGGCUCAGGAUGUGGGCUAAUGCCUCAGGAUGUGGGCUGGGAUAUGGAGGGUUUAGUGCUGUUUUGCCAGCUCAUAUGGUCAUUGUCACGCCAUACAAUGAUGCUAAGAUGGGACAGACAGACAGGACCAGGCUAGAGCAUCACCACAACAGUGGGUUAAUUGGCCUGGGGGGACUGGGGGCCUCCAGAGACAAUCCAGAACCUAAGUAAGCCUAUGGGGUUAAAGGAGCUAGCCAAAUUAAAAUCUAACCAGACUUUCCUCUGAAGAUGCCCCAGAAAUGAUUAAUAUACGUUAACUAUACAACAGGAACACAAAUAUAGCCUAGACCCAACUCAGCAGCCUCUUAAUUGUUAUGUCAAAUCUAGCUGGACAUACAGGAUGGAUGGUUUUACCAGCUAUAGGUCUAACUGUACAUUUACAUUUACGAGCGCAAGUAAACACGAAAAGGAAAAGGACAUACCAAGUAGACAAUGGAUCCACUAUCAGAGAGAUCAACUCACUUACCACGCAUUGUGCGAGUACCCUCUCAUUCACACAAUAUGCCAUUUAGCAGACGCUUUUAUCCAAAGCGACUUAGUCAUGUGUGCAUACAUUUUUACGUAGACGCCAAUAAGAUCCUCUUCCCUACCUCCAACAUGGACAACCUAGCUCUGCACUCUACUGGAGAACUUAAAAUCCAACUCCAGAGACUGAGAGAAAGAGACUAGUUUGUUCCUGCAUGGCACCACUCUUAGUGAGUAUUGGCGCAACAAGCGCAUUCCAAGAGGACUGAGAAUACAGAAGGAGCCUACAAUAGGGAAAAACGACAACUUUAGUUCAGAAAUGGGUGAAAUCCUCAACAAAUGUUCUUUAGAUUUUAAUGCUAUUAAUCAUUGAACAUGUGUCGAAGGAAGUAAAAGAGGUUGAAGUUAAGAUCAGUGAACAUAAGGUUAUAAUGAAGGAGAUUCUAGGCCCAAACUUCACAGCCAUAGACGACUCAAUCAACCAGUCCAUUGGGAAAUACAGAGACUUCCUACAAGCAACAAAGAUCAAGAAAUAUCAAUGAAACACAGAGGACUACCAGCUCAACCAGGUCUAUGCAUGGGAAGGCCCAAGGAUGGGAGCAACGAGAGGUCAAACAUUUUGGGUAGCCUUCCACAAGCUUCCCACAAUAAGUUGGGUGAAUUUUGGCCCAUUCCUCCUGACAGAGCUGGUGUAACUUAGUCAGGUUUGUAGGCCUCCUUGCUCGCACACGCUUUUUCAGUUCUGCCCACAGAUUUUCUAUAGGAUUGAGGUCAGGGCUUUGUGAUGGCCACUCCAAUACCUUGACUUUGUUGUCCUUAAGCCAUUUUGCCACAACUUUGGAAGUAUGCUUGGGGUCAUUGUCCAUUUGGAAGACCCCAUUUGCGACCAAGCUUUAACUUCCUGACUGAUGUCUUGAGAUGUUGCUUCAAUAUAUCCACAUAAUUUUCCUUCCUCAUGAUGCCAUCUAUUUUGUGAAAUGCACCAGUCCCUCCUGCAGCAAAGCACCCCCACAGCAUGAUGCUGCCACCCCCGCGCUUCACGGUUGGGAUGGUGUUCUUCGGCUUGCAAGCCUUCCUCCUUUUUCCUCCAAACAUAACGAUGGUCAUUAUGGCCAAACAGUUCUAUUUUUGUUUAAUCAGACCAGAGGACAUUUCUCCAAAAAGUACGAUCUUUGUCCCCAUGUGCAGUUGCAAACCGUAGUCUGGCUUUUUUAUGGCGGUUUUGGAGCAGUGGCUUCUUCCUUGCUGAGCGGCCUUUCAAGUUAUGUCGAUAGGACUCGUUUUACUGUGGAUAUAGAUCCUUUUGUACCCGUUUCCUCCAGCAUAUUCACAAGGUCUCCUUCCUGAGUGGUGUGACGGCUGCGUGGUCCCAUGGUGUUUUUACUUGCGUACUAUUGUUUGUACAGAUGAACGUUUGGAAAUUGCUCCUAAGGAUGAACCAGACUUGUGGAGGUCUACAAUUUUUUUUCUGAGGUCUUGGCUGAUUUCUUUUGAUUUUCCCCAUAAUGUCAAGCAAAGAGGCACUGAGUUUGAAGGUAGGCCUUGAAAUACAUCCACAGGUAUACCACCAAUUGACUCAAAUUAUGUCAAUUAGCCUAUCAGAGGCUUCUAAAGCCAUGACAUCAUUUUCUGGAUUUUUCCAAGCUGUUUAAAGGUCACAGUCAACUUAGUGUAUGUAAACUUCUGACCCACUGGAAUUGUGAUACAGUGAAUUAUAAGUGAAAUAAUCUGUCUGUAAACAAUUGUUGGGAAAAUUACUUGUGUCUUGCACAAAGUAGAUGUCCUAACCGACUUGCCAAAACUAUAGUUUGUUAACAAGAAGAAAUGUGUGGAGUGGUUGAAAAAUGAGUUUUAAUGACUCCAACCUAAGUGUAUGUAAACUUUCGACUUCAACUGUACUUUGAACUGGCGCAAAGUGGGAGAUGCUGUUAAGAAACACUGGCAUGUUUUAUCAUUGGACCCAGCUUUUCCAGCUGAAUUUAAGAAUCCACCACUUAUUGUACAUAGGAGAGGUCGCAAUUUACCCGAUAAAUUGGUACAUGCCAACUGCCAGCCACAAAAGAAAAUGAGCCAGGCUCUUUUACGCUCUCUUCCGAAUGGUAGCUAUAAAUGCAGAGGUUGCGCACAGUGCAACAAUAUGAUGAAAUGUGAAUAUUUCUGCCACCCACAUACAGGAAAAUGGUUAACACAUACAUCUACAUGAUUAAAUGUCCAUGUGGGCUUUGUUAUGUAGGUAAAACCUUUCGUCCUCUCAAACAGAGAAUUAGUGAACAUAAAAGUUCAAUCAAGAGAAAGCAUGACAUUUCUACCUUAGAUUUUGUGGCAUAGAGAACGUUAAGAUAUCAGACAGGGGAGGUGAUAUAAAUAAUACUCUGAGCAAAAGAGAAUGCUUUUGGAUUUUCACCCUCCAGACAUUAUGUCCUAAAGGUCUUAAUGAUGAAAUGCCUAUGUAUGUUAUGUUGUAAAUGUGAACAUGAAUUAAUGCCACCAUUUCAGAUUACUCUGACGUUUUUCUUGCGCUGUAGCGAAUGAUUUAUGAACACUUGCUUGGUGGGUCUAUGUCCUCAUUGUGGUUUUACAGACGUGUUUGAUGCGUUUUAUGUACACACUUUGUUGGAAUAUUUAUGAAAUGCACAUUGUUAUAUUUGGUAACACUUAUUUUCCCUCGACUCCAACCCCAUUCGAUGCAUUGAACGGAUGUGGGUGGUGCUAUGUCUACAUAAGGGAGCUAAUUUUUUUAAUUUAACUCACAAAAGCUCUGACGAAGGCCUUGAGGUUGAUACGUAAAGCUUAUUAAAGAGCAGUGAUACUAUCAAGAGCAGUGUGCAGGUUUCUUAUUUUUUCUGAUCUAAAAAAAUAAAUGACUUGGGUCAACCAGGCUUUUGUCUGGAUUUGUUUCUAAGCCCUCUACAGUUAACCAGUAACCUUUGUGUAUUGCUUUUUGCUUUGGAAAGCUGCCAGUGAAGCUCUGCCCAAUUUAGGCCUCAUGUCACUCUGAGUAGCAACUAUCUCUGAUUCAGAUGGUAUGGGUGUGGACUGGAGGGAGAUGGAUGGAAAACCAUAGGGACAGCUUGGCAACAAACCCACCCCUCCCAUGGAUCACGAGGGAUCAGACCUGCAUUCAAAUAGUAUUUUUUUUGUUCUUACAAAUAGGCUACAAGAUGGGGCAAGGGUUUGUACUUUUAGGACUAUUUCAUUUCUUCCAUUGUGCCUGUAAAACUCAUAUAAUAGUAUUUGAACCCAGGUCUGCUGAUACAGGUAGAAAUAUUCUAAGAAACAUAUGGUCCCGUGUGGCUCAGUUAGUAGAGCGUGGAGCUUGCAACGCCAGGGUUGUGGGUUCGAUUCCCACAGGGGACAAGUAUGAAAAUGUACGCACUCACUAAUGUAAGUCGCUCUGGAUAAGAGUGUCUGCUAAAAUGACUAAAAUGUAAGACUACAAGACAUCCCUUCCACUGGCCCUCUUAUAUAACAGAGAUUCAGCUGUUGGCAGGGCAGAGAUUUAGUGUAUGCUGCUUCUCUAUGGGGCUCUACCAGGGGGGAUGAAACUUUCCCUCAGCUUGACUAAUAAAAUAGAGGUGUGUGUGUGACGACGUUGGGGAUUGGCCCGGGGGGGUACUGUUACUAAAACAAGGCGAUAACACACCACCUGGACAAUGAUCUGUCUUUAGAAAUAUCAUUAGUAUUAUUUAUAUCUUUAUGGAUCCGUCUUAUUUUUCUUCAUCCUCACCUAACCCCUUCCCUCCCCACUUGUUGUUGUUGUGUUGUGUUAUAUGUACACUACAUGACCAAAAGCAUGUGGACACCAGCUCGUCGAAACAUCUCAUUCCAAAAUCAUGGGCAUUAAUAUGACGGUGCCACGUUGAAAGUCACUGAGCUCUUCAGUAAGGCCAUUCUACUGCCAAUAUUUGUCUAUGGAGAUUGUAUGGCAGUGUGCUCGAUUUUAUACACCUGUCAGCAACGGUGUGGCUGAAAUAGUCAAAUCCACUAAUUUGAAGGGGUGUCCACAUACUUUUGUAUAUAUAGUGCAUUUCUAUGGAUUUCUAUUUCUGUCUAUAUCUAUAUGGUUAUUUUCCCACCCAUCCACCCAUACUUUGUUGUGUUUGUUAUAUUAAGGUGAGGAGCACUAUAACUGCAUCUCAGCGCUGCACAAAUCAAUGAGGGGCUCCCACGAGAACGCUUCCCUCUACUGGCUGGGCCGCAUGCUGGAGGGAGGAGAGGACCCUCUGUACGUGGCUCGCAGACUAGUCCGCUUCUCUAGUGAAGACGUGGGUGUGUGAUACUAUUUUGUCUUUUUUUUUUUUGUCUCUGUUUACAUCAAACCAUUGUUGUUGUUUAAUCAGUUAUUGUGAUUGUUGACCCAAUUACAUAAACCAUUGCAUUGGCGCACCCUCAGAAAAAACCGUAAGGAGGAGGAUGUGCUUUUUUUUUUAAACCAUGUUGUUCAAGCACUAAUUACCUGUACCAAACUAUUAUGUCAACAAAUAUGAUCUAGCAUCUUUGGUAUCACCGCAGGGGAAUCUUAUUUUGGCCCUGGCAGCUGUAUGCUACUUUCUGAGUCUAUUUUCCGUUGGUCUGCACCUCGCCAACUUUGUGUUUCUCUAGCGUCUACCUUAAUGUGUUCUGUGUCUGUCAGAGCCAUGGAAGUCAUCCCUUACAACUCAAAGAGGUCUAGACAAGGUUAUGGUGUGUUCUGACUGGAUGUCCUGUCCAUUUUGUUCAGGUAUGGCAGAUCCCUCUGCCCUUCCCCAGGCUGUAUCUGCCUUCCAGGCCUGCCACUUCAUCGGGAUGCCAGAGUGUGAGGUGAGAAAACACUUAAAUCUUGUCACCAAGGUCAACCAAGAGUUGUCCGUAUACAGUGGGGGAAAAAGUAUUUAGUCAGCCACCAAUUGUGCAAGUUCUCCCACUUAAAAAGAUGAGAGAGGCCUGUAAUUUUCAUCAUAGGUACACGUCAACUAUGACAGACAAAUUGAGAAAAUAAAAUCCAGAAAAUCACAUUGUAGGAUUUUUAAUGAAUUUAUUUGCAAAUUAUGGUGGAAAAUAAGUAUUUGGUCAAUAACAAAAGUUUCUCAAUACUUUUAUAUACCCUUUGUUGGCAAUGACACAGGUCAAACGUUUUCUGUAAGUCUUCACAAGGUUUUCACACACUGUUGCUGGUAUUUUGGCCCAUUCCUCCAUGCAGAUCUCCUCUAGAGCAGUGAUGUUUUGGGGCUGUCGCUGGGCAACACAGACUUUCAACUCCCUCCAAAGAUUUUCUAUGGGGUUGAGAUCUGGAGACUGGCUAGGCCACUCCAGGACCUUGAAAUGCUUCUUACGAAGCCACUCCUUCGUUGCCCGGGCGGUGUGUUUGGGAUCAUUGUCAUGCUGAAAGACCCAGCCACGUUUCAUCUUCAAUGCCCUUGCUGAUGGAAGGAGGUUUUCACUCAAAAUCUCACGAUACAUGGCCCCAUUCAUUCUUUCCUUUACACGGAUCGGUCGUCCUGGUCCCUUUGCAGAAAAACAGCCCCAAAGCAUGAUGUUUCCACCCCCAUGCUUCACAGUAGGUAUGGUGUUCUUUGGAUGCAACUCAGCAUUCUUUGUCCUCCAAACACGACGAGUUGAGUUUUUACCAAAAAGUUCUAUUUUGGUUUCAUCUGACCAUAUGACAUUCUCCCAAUCCUCUUCUGGAUCAUCCAAAUGCACUCUAGCAAACUUCAGACGGGCCUGGACAUGUACUGGCUUAAGCAGGGGGACACGUCUGGCACGUCUGGCACUGCAGGAUUUGAGUCCCUGGCGGCGUAGUGUGUUACUGAUGGUAGGCUUUGUUACUUUGGUCCCAGCUCUCUGCAGGUCAUUCACUAGGUCCCCCCCGUGUGGUUCUGGGAUUUUUGCUCACCGUUCUUGUGAUCAUUUUGACCCCACGGGGUGAGAUCUUGCGUGGAGCCCCAGAUCGAGGGAGAUUAUCAGUGGUCUUGUAUGUCUUCCAUUUCCUAAUAAUUGCUCCCACAGUUGAUUUAUUCAAACCAAGCUGCUUACCUAUUGCAGAUUCAGUCUUCCCAGCCUGGUGCAGGUCUACAAUUUUGUUUCUGGUGUCCUUUGACAGCUCUUUGGUCUUGGCCAUAGUGGAGUUUGGAGUGUGACUGUUUGAGGUUGUGGACAGGUGUCUUUUAUACUGAUAACAAGUUCAAACAGGUGCCAUUAAUACAGGUAACGAGUGGAGGACAGAGGAGCCUCUUAAAGAAGUUACAGGUCUGUGAGAGCCAGAAAUCUUGCUCGUUUGUAGGUGACCAAAUACUUAUUUUCCACCAUAAUUUGCAAAUAAAUUCCUACAAUGUGAUUUUCUGGAUUUUUUUCCCUCAAUUUGUCUGUCAUAGUUGACGUGUACCUAUGAUGAAAAUUACAGGCCUCUCAUCUUUUUAAGUGGGAGAACUUGCACAAUUGGUGGCUGACUAAAUACGUUUUUCCCCACUGUAUCUGCCUCUGUUAAAUAUCAGCUCUUUACUAUGUUGUGGAUACAAUAAAGACAGAGAAAUUGGAUUUUACCUGAGUAACUCUGUAUUUUCUGACCCUGGUAUCCGGUAUGCCUUUUGAUAUUUGGCCAUAUCAAAACGCUAAUAAAGGUCAUUCUCUCUCUACUCCCUUUCUUCUUUCCUCCCCUCGCUCCUUCCUUCCCUCCCACCCUCAGGUGAUCUUGGCUCAGUGUGUGGUGUACCUGGCCAGGGCUCCCAAGUCGGUAGAAAUCUACAAGGCGUACGAUAACGUGAAGGCCAGUCUGAGGAACCAUAAGGGACCCCUGCCCUCUGUUCCCCUGCACCUUCGCAACGCCCCCACCAAACUCAUGAAGGACCUGGGCUAUGCUAAGGGCUACAAGUACAACCCUGCCUUCAGUGCCCCUGUGGAGCAGGACUACCUGCCUGAGGAGCUCUGGGGCAUGGACUUCUUCACCUGGAACCCCUCUGACCCA